AUGGCAGAUCUCAAACCACCAUUUAAUGAAAGGACUGCGCGGGAAAAAGUCAAAGCAGCGCAGGAUAUGUGGAAUACGAAGGACCCCGUUCGAGUUGCUCAGGCAUACACCCCAACGUGCAUCUGGCGUGUUCGAGACUAUUUCCUUACUGGGACAGAAGCUAUCGUCGCGUUCUUGCAAGCGAAAUGGAAACGCGAGCAUAGUUAUCGACUUCGAAAAGAACUUUUUGCUUUCCGGGAUGAUUGCAUUGCUGUGCAGUUUUGGUAUGAGUUUCAGGAUGUGGAAGAUGGAAUGCGCUGGAAGCGAUGCUAUGGGCUGGAGGACUGGACUUUCGAUGAUACGGGAAAGAUGCGAAAGCGUAUGAUGAGUGGAAAUGAUGUCCUGAUCGGACCAGAAGGGAAUGGCGAGGGGCGAUGGUUUGCAGAUGAGGUUAAUGUGAAUGAUGUACCUAUUAGUGAACAGCAUUGGUGA